UUUAGACAACUAUCGUGUAUAUUACCACAUGUAAUUCACUAGAUAAUGGCGGCAUUUGUUGUGAAAUUACUCCGUAUUAACGUGUGUUAUUUGACGAAAUUCUUACCGGACUUGCUAGCCUACAUUAGCCCGAGUUAGCUGUUAUCAUCAUCCGUAGCUAACCAAACCAAUGUACACGGUUAGCAACUGGAAGUAACGUUAGCUAGUUUGUAAACCUUCCCCACCGGAAAGUCACUACUUCUACCUCUAGUGGUAUGUCGGUGGUCUCGUCGGAGAUAACGUUACCUAUUUGGCUUACUGUAAUACAUUAGUGAUAGUGUCCACUUUUUAUCGUUAACGUUACAAUAGUUAGCUGCGUCGUCCACUUAAAGCAACGUCAGCAGUCGGUGCCUCUGUACUGUCACAAGCUGUGAGUCCCUGAACGUCUCACUGCUCGAUGGUAACAUGUCUUCAUCCUGCCCUGUGUCACACGCAGCUCUCAGUGCUUCAAACAUGGAUCAAGACAACAAUUCAGAGGAUGAGUCAGUUGGCCCAUCAGAGGACCCUUCAGAAGAGGAGCUGCCUUGUCUACCUCCAGGGCUCUCGGAUGGUGAAGCAAUGGAGCUGCUUUGGCAGUUGCGAUCCCAGCGCCGCCAGUCGUCCCCUGAACUCCCAGAGACAGUGACCUGUCUUACUGCCCCUGAUGGCAGCCUCCUGUACCUGGUGGGCACGGCCCACUUCAGUGACAGCAGCAAAAAGGAUGUGGCCACGACGAUCCGCGCUGUGCAGCCAGACGUGGUGGUGGUGGAACUGUGCCAGUACAGAGUGUCUAUGCUCAAGAUGGACGAGAAUACACUGCUGAGGGAAGCCAAAGACAUCAACCUGGAUAAGGUUCAGCAGGCCAUCAAACAGAACGGGCUGAUGUCUGGCCUGAUGCAGAUUCUCCUGCUCAAGGUUUCAGCUCACAUCACAGAGCAACUGGGUAUGGCUCCUGGAGGAGAGUUUAGGGAGGCUUUCAAAGAGGCUGGACAAGUGCCGUUCUGUAAAUUUCACCUUGGGGACAGGCCCAUCCCGGUGACGUUCAAGAGGGCCAUUGCAGCUCUCAGUCUGUGGCAGAAGGCCCGUUUGGCAUGGGGUCUUUGCUUUCUGUCAGACCCAAUCAGUAAAGAGGACGUGGAGAAGUGCAAACAGAAGGACCUGCUGGAGCAGACCAUGUCAGAGAUGAUCGGCGAGUUUCCUGCUCUCCACCAGACCAUCGUGGCUGAAAGAGACAUCUACCUCACGCACACGCUCCGCCAGGCUACACGAUGUGUGGAGGCCCCCCGUAACGCCCAGAAAGUGCCUGCUGUGGUGGUUGGAGUUGUAGGAAUGGGUCAUGUCCCUGGAAUAGAAAGAAACUGGGAUAAGCAGCUCAACAUAAAUGAAAUCAUGAGUGUUGCACCUCCCUCUCGUGUUGGCUGGGUGUUGCGCACAGUCAUAAAGGGCGUCAUGAUGGGCAUGCUGGGAUAUGCCUGCUACCGAGCUGGAGGAAGUAUAGGUCGAGUUCUGCUGUCUUUACCUGCAGUCCAAUCUUUAAUGGAGACUCUGCGGCCACCCCCUGCUCUAAGCCAUCAGUGACACGACUUUUGAUCUUUUAAAACAAUGCAUUUUUCACCAAUGGCCUUAAAAACAGGAGCUGAGGCUGGAGGAAAGGUUUCACCAGCCCACACGAUGAACUAACAAGGACCUCAGGGGGGUCAGGAGCCUCCCACCUCGUAGUGGUGUCCCUGUAGACACAGCAGGGCCGUACUGCCAAAGAAACCCUGACAGUACUCUUUUCUUUUUCUUUCAUAUUUUGUGCAAAUCCUGCAUUUUGUAAGGUUUACAAAUGCCAAUAAUUCCUUUUGAAUAGAUAAACAUUUUCCCCACCAUUCCUUUAAAUGACAGACGGGCAAAUUCACAAAGAACGGAUUACAUCUGCUGAUAGCACCAUGAAUUGCACAUCACUUCUGCCUUGUCUAAAGGUAAAAAUUCACAAAAUAUUUUUUAUAUAGCAGCGCAAACACACUCAAAAAGUUAUGCAGCCGGGUGCAAUAUGCCCAUUUUUUCUUCAUCCGCAAUUAUCUACACAGCAAACUAUAAAUUCUGCCUGUGCAGCAAGAACACAAAAUAAUGGCGGAGACAAAACGGACUGUGACCGAUCAUUUGUAGAGGCAUUUCUCAAAACUUCAGGCAAGUAAUAUAAAUGUGACAGAGAGACAUUGUUCUUGGGCCAGCGCUGGGUGUGACACCCCUUAAAAAUCCAAAAUGGGCUAAUUUUGCACCAAACAUAUUCAUGUUACCUAAUUUAAUAUGCGCUGAAAGCACAGGAGCACUGAGACGCUGUUUGCUUAGCAGCACUUUUGGAGGAGCAUUUUACACUUUGUGGGUGCUUUAAGAAUUACACAGCUUCUUUUUCUCAGUUUUGCAGAUUUUUGUGAAUUUGCCCCAAAGUUUUUAUUCGACAAGUAUCAUCAGAAUCAACUUCAGUCACAUGCUCUGAUAUAACUGAGCCAUUUUCUGAGAGGCACACUUUUCUAACGCUCUCUCCUUAUUCCUUCCUCCUUUCUGGUGCCAGCCAGCAUUUUUGGGUAAUUGGCCCAUUUCAAGUCCAGCACUUUAUCAGAGAGUCUUGUACUGAACGUGCAGCCGAUGGAAAGGAGACGUGAAAUAAAACAGUAUGUCAGUCAAAACAAAGAGUGGCCCUCGUGGUGUGAGGUAAAUGAGAAAAAUGUCCAAAUUGGAAGUUAAAUUAUAAUUUUCUUAAUCUUUGGUAAAUCUACGAUUUGAAAUACAUAUUCUUCAAAACUCACAUAAGACAAAAUGAUCUCCCCCAGUGCAUGGUCCUGCCCACAUAAACAGACAAGUGCCUCAUAUUGCAGCAGUAAGGGCUAAUGGUGAGCUUCAAGGAAUGGCAAAAAUGUGUUAUAUGCAUCAUACACAUACUGCAACCAAAUGGUCAAUGCAACUUUCUAGUCUUCUGUCUUUAUAUAAUCAUAUGAAUGGCCUAUUUUAUAAAUACUGUUGCCCUAAAUAUAGACCAUCUAGUUUGUGUUGUCUUGGCUUCAGCUGAAAUCACCACAGCCCGUUCAUUUUAUGGUCACUCAUACAUUCAACAGAGACCUGACGCAGGACAGGCUUAAUGUGCCUCAGGAUGAGCAAAGCAUUUAUCCUGUUAUUUGUGUGUUUGAUUGUACCUCCAAUAUGAGGCACCCUCACAUCUUGGCUUUAACUGGCUCCAUCUGUGAGUAAGAGUUCAUACUUGACUCAAAAAUAUGCAUCUUGUACAGAAAGACAUCUCUAGAAACCUCCACACGAGAACAUGUGUCAUUCAGCGCACCAGCUGUUCCUACUUUUACAAUAUAUGCAUUAUCACUUGCCAGUCGGAUUGUAGAAAUGGGAAUAAGGAAUGAGAUGAUUAAAAUGAGACUGGUAUGUUUCCCUCAAAUUAAGGAUUUGACUUGACCUUAAUAAUGUCUCAGUGGAAUUCCUGUCAGCGGAAAUUUGUUAUGGACUUGUUUUGUCGACUAUGAAGGAAACGGACACUUGAGAUUGGUCAGAGUUGGGAGGUAAAGCCUUACACUGCUAUCACUGCUGCCUUUGACCCUCAGAUUGCCUCCACUGCUGAGGCUUUAUACUACCAACACUGACCUGUAUCUGUAGUAUAUAGCUUCUUAUUGCACGUGUAAAAAAAUUGUUAAAUAAUCUCUCGGAGCUUAAUGUGGGAGAUCCCCAAAUAAAUCCGUCAGUCUGAACAAGGUAUUAAUGAGAUUGCAAGGCCAUAAACCAACAUAAAUCCCCAAUCUUAGUUUUCAGUGAUUAUAUGUGCAGUAGUGGCAUUAUUUAGGUGUAUUUAUAACUCAUAUGAAAGGAGUUCAUUUGUUGUUUUUAACUUGUGAAAUAGUCCAAUGGACUAAUAUGGGACUUUAGUAAAUGAGUCAUUGCCACAAACAUAAAGUCACCCUCACAUUAAACUAACUCAGAUAACCUGUCUUCCAAGUCAUUAAACAUGCUUAAGUAAGAGACGAGGAUAUGUGGAACAGUUGCAGUCAUGCCUCUCAGUCCCUCAGCAGUAUAAAACAGUCAAACUUAAACAUUAUUUGUCUGUCUCCCUCCCAGAUUAUUUCCAAAGGUUCGAUCUAUUGUGUGUUUGAGAACUGCCAAGAGAUAUCGGUAUGAAUGUCUGUACAUGCUGAAAGAUUUUUUUCCCCAUGCCCUUGUGUUGUAUUGUCAUUGUUAACAAACCAAACAUUAAAUUCUGACUUCUGUAAUGAAUUAUUAAAAGAUUUUAUCUAAAGACAAA